CGUCGACGCGCCUUGGCAGCAAUUAAGCAGCGCCGCGCGAGGGAAAAGCUCGAAGACACCAAAGCAGCCGCGGGUUGGAUUAGGAUCGUACGCGUGUUCCUCUCUCCUCAUCAACACUCAUGCAGACCCCAGGACUCCUUCGUCCCCACUUGGUCAUCCGCAAGCAAGCGACCGACCUCGCGGGCUUGGCAUGCCACUUGCUCUGACCGCUCACUCGCGACAGAUUGCCUCUCGAUCUGCCUUGCCCGUCACUCCCAAUUUCUGCCAACGCUGAUCCGAUAGAAGCGCGCAUAUCAGGUCGUGACGCGACACCUCUGACACGAUGGACUCUCAAGAUGUGGUGGAAGCUCAGCUGGGCGGAGGCAACGCAGAGCCCACGAAGCAGUCAAUGACGCACCAGGAUAAGCAGGCAUAUCCGCUCUCGCAACUGCCUCGAUCACAACCGCUCUCCAUGUUGGAUGCAAACGUAGACGCGGCGCGUCAAGUGCCUACAACUCGCGAGAUACAGACUAAACAAGCGCGAGAUUCGAUAAUGUCCUCGGAUCGAUCUUCCCCGCCGCCAAGCUCGCCGCCGAGCCUUGCUCACGGUCUGUCAAGUCCUCCUUCAAGCGUAUUUGCCCCCAGCUCGCCCUCCAAGCUGGAAGACGCUUCUAGCGCGCCGCCCAAGCCAACCGCAAACGCGCAGGAGACGUCGGCUAGCGAGCCACAUGCCACCAUCGGUUUUGGCCUGAGUGAGACGUGCUCAGGAGGCAGGACAUCUGUGGAUUCGCUUGCUGGCAUGCGCUCUCUACCGCCCCAAGACCCAGCCGGCGCGCCCUCUCUACUUCUUCUAGGCUCAUACGAUCAUGCCCUCCUGCUCGGCCGCACGAAACAAGGUCCUGACGGCUCCUCGCCCGUGCCGCCUCCUCUGCCCCUGUCAAGCAAAGGCUUGGGGGCCAAGCCCGCCCAAUUCGUUCCUUUGCCGAGCAGUGCACGGCACGUGUCCAGAGUCCACGCCAUCGUAGAGUGGCUGCCUUUCCCCACUUCAAAGUCCAGCGCGUCAAGUGACCAAAAGGGACCCUUAUCUUCUUCGCCUCCGUCCGAUACCGGUUGCUUUAUUAUCCGCAUUCUGGGCCAAAAUGGCUUGGUAGUGGACGGCAAAAGGCGUAGAGAAGGGCAAGUCAUUCGACUGCGACCCGCUCGGUACAGUCUCAAGACCAGCACGGGGGGCGAAAAGGAAGCAGCCGCAAGGUCCGUGACGCCCUCCGCGUCUGGCGAGGAAGGCUCCCAAUUGGAUUUCUUCGGCACUGCUCUGCGCUUUGCUAUCGAUGAUCGAGCAAAGCCGCCGAUAUCGGCACGCAAAAGCUCGUCCAACACUAUUGGUCGCACUCCACCGCUUCCCGCUCACAAAAAGACGAAUGGAAGCAGCCCGCGAAAACCCCACGCGCCGUUGCGAAGCUCGCAGCUUAGGAUCAGUAGCAGCUCCAGCGACGCUAGUGCCAGUGGUAGCGGCAGCGAUUCGGAGGGCGAAAAGAUGACGCCCAGCUCGCCCCUACCUGCAUCUCCCACGCGGCAGACCAACCGAGGCAGACUGAACACGGCACCUGCGAAAUUGUCGCUCGGCAAUGUUCAGCUUGUGGACGUCGAUGAGGCGGAGCAGCCUAGACACAGUCACGCAAGCGAAGCUAAGGACGGAACACAGCCACAAGGCGCAAAGCGCACCAGACCACCAGCCCUUGCAGAGGAUAACCAAAGCGGUGUAUCCUCUAGCGAUAGCGAGCUGUCAGAAGCCGAAUCAGAUCGCGCAACUGCGCCGCGGGAGAAUCUAAGCGAUGCGCAAGCAGCCACUGCGAAGCCAACGGGCACUCGACAGAAGAAGCGCGCGCGGUUUGUUCUUCCUGCGUCUGAACCUACGAGGGAUACGAGCCUCUCUUCCGGCGCUCCUCGACGCUCUUUGCGCGCUGCCGCUCAGACGACGGAGGUGAUGCCAGGAUCGCGCUCGGCUUCUCCAAGCGGUGCGCAGGGUCCCAGCUCCGUGAGCUUGGCACGCAAUUGCAUUGCAGCUUUGGCACCUUCGUACGACAUUGAUGGCCUGUUGGCCAGCGCCAUCGUCUUCCACCGAACGGCUACCAUUUCAGCUACGGAAGCGUGUCGCUCUGUGCUAUCUUCUACGCCAGGUCUGUUGCGCGGACAAGUAGGACCGCGAGCCCCGGUCACUGUCUCUGCUUCUGCAGACGUCGAUGUCGCAAGCUCUACCGUCGUGCUCUCGGCGGGUCAAGUGCAUCCCGAUUGGCCAUCGAGCGAAGCAGGACAGAGCUUUGAACGAUUCGCUCGCAAAGCCUGGGUGGAGCUGCUCGAGUCCGUUUUGCACUCUCCAGACGCCCCGCAGUUUGGCACGAUUCAGCGAGCGGGCAAGGACUCGGCGGGAAAUCCGCUCGAGAAUUGGUUUUACUACGAUAAAGAGAAGGACGGGGACAGGGAUAGAGCGGAAAGCUUGGGCGCCUUUGUCAAGCCUAUUCGUCAGGCUCUCAAGACGCAAAAGGCAGUCUUUUGGAAAAAGAGCGCCUAUGGACACGUCACUUCGGCUACCGCGAUUCCAUUUGCAGGAACCGAAUCACAAGUCGGCUCCUCCAGCCCCAUGUCUGUCCUCGCACCACUCACCAACUCGAAUGUGCGCAACGACGCUUCUUCGGACAAUGCGGAAGCGCAAGGAAUACCGGCAAAGGCAGUCGCGCACUCGAACGCUUGGGAAGAAACUCAACCUGAAGAACGCGAAUCUACGUGGGACAGAGAGGGCGACAUGGAUUACAAGGGCGUUUGAGAGCGAAAUCCCCUCUGCCUUCUCCGUUCGCUCCCUUUGUCCUCUUCUUAGGCCCAUCACAUCCUACACAGAAUCGGAAUGAACGUCAUCAGCACUUAUCCCCACACUUUGAAUGC